GGGAAAUGUUACCUGGGAUGUGAGGAUGGAUACAAGGGUGAUACAUGUACCAGUGGUGAGUGAUUUACAUAUAUUAUUGUUCAUCCGUCGAAGGCGACUCACACCAUCACCAUUCAUUCGGUUAGGGGGAGGGUGGGUUACGAUGAGCUCGUAGGUGGCUUGUGAGACCAAUCCGUGCUCGGAAUGAUCUAUGGCACUACGGGGAUAGUUGCUGCAGACAGUGAACUUAUAUUGCUUUUUCGGGCCAGCCUGCGUGUCUCAUCUGUGGUAGUCCUAUUAGCUUCAUGGGAUUUAGUCCCCUUCUUGAAAUCUGAUCUCCACCUGGCUCUGUCCUGAGCUGUGUGCACCCAUUGAGUGGGGUUGAUGCUGAAGGACUUUAGUGCCGUUUUAAGUGAGCUUGAUGUUACAAAAUACGUUUUAUCAAAUACAUUUUAACAUUAUCUUUUUUCUAUAUAAUGGCAUUGCUAUAUUUUCAUACCAGAGUGUCCGGAAAUUACAGAAUACAAUGUAUACUUGAUAGAAAGUUUGUUAAAUAAAUAGAAAUUCUUCAAUGAAAAAAAACAGACGUAGAGACAAACAUGUGACAAUUUUUUUUUAAAACUUUUAAUAAACCUGAAAACACUUCAUCAACAACUAUUUUAUUAGAAUGUCCAAAGCUGACAUGGGGUAGCCAGUGUCUAAAACGCUGCAGUGACCACUGUCUCAACAGAACGUGUGACUUUGUCAAUGGGGUCUGUGACCAUGGAUGUGACCGUGAUUACAAUAACACACAAUGUCUAGAUGGUAAGGAUUUUAAACAUGUUACUUCCAUUUUAUUUAUUUCUUAUAUUCUUAUUUAUUUGUAUGGUUUCUUUAUUUAUCAAGUAUUAUGACAGUUUGCACAUUUUAUUUCAUCUCUGUUUUUGGGAUCCUCGUAGUAUGCUUAUAAUAUACUACUGACUUAUGUGUUAUAAUAAUAUAUUAUUGGUAAAAAAUUAAAAUAUUUAUUAAUAACUAAACUUGUAUUGGGCAUCUAAAUUUGUUUUUCUUUCAAGUUUAUUUGAAGUUUUAACAGUCUUUUCAUGAUCGUCAUUAGCGUCACUUACUUCAUGAAAAAUGAUUCCAUGGGUUGCGGUUGAAAUUCCUAUGAUUUUAGGCCGUAAAUAAACAUUCUGCAACUUUCACAUGCUUUGUUUAGUUGUAGCAAAUCGGUCUCAUAGAGUCCAACUAGUUGUGUUUACUGUGUCUGGUGUGUAGGUAACACAAUCCUGGACAACGUUUGCUGCGUCAGAUACCCCCUCCCUACUGUGAAUAUGGAAAGUCUUAUAUUUUGAAAUAAACAAAGUACAUUUUUCAAGGCUUUUGUCGUCCCCAAGAAAUAUGCUUUUGCUCCUGGGCGACAUGUUUCCAAAUUUCAUGAUGCUUUAGUUAUAAUUAAAAAUAAAAAUAGUGAACCAUACUUAUAUAAAUAUGCAAUGUAAGCAAAUUUCAACCAAUAAACUGUAAUGUUACUACACAUUAAAAAAAAAAAUAACGAGAAUUUAAAAUUCACAAUGAUAAAUACUUUGGCGUAUCUAAUGUAAGUGUCAUCGGGAAGAGCCUAUAAAUUUUCCGUCCCGCUUCCACAAAAAGUAUCUUCUCAGUUGGACAAAAAUACUGCCCCCUAUAAAAAGUCAAGAAUUUUCACCCUGGGCGGACCACUGCUUAAUAACCCCGCUUUCUACGCCACUGAUUGAAUCUUGAUACAACUAAUGUUCCAAAGUAAGUGAGCUAGCAAACGAAAAAUCUACUACUAUGUAUAAUAUUUCUAGCGAGUAACAGGCAUGCACUGCAAUGCCACUCAAAGCAAGUAAGUGUUUGCGUUUUGAUUAUUUUUCUUAAAGAGCUUUUAAAUACACAAUAUUUUUUUUUUGUUUUUUCGUCUGGUGCAUACACGAAUAAAUCAGAACAUUUUCUGACGUGAGAGCAGGCCACAUGCAGUUGUCCAUAGGAGAGGCAUGGGUUUUUCAAAUGUAGUCCACGCGCUUCUAGUGAUUGUCCCUGUGCUUUGUUGAUGGUCAAUGCCUAUGCGAUUCAUACCCGGAAACUGCAGACGUUUGAAUUCAAAUGGCAUAUCUGUUGGAAUCAUUGGGAUGUCUGGCAACAGUACAUCUUCUCCUUUAAGUUUUCAUUUUAAAAUAUUAGCAUCGAUGGUUUUGUUCAUGAUGUCUUUCGUUCAGAGAUUGGUACUGUUACAAAUUCGUGAGGUAUUUAUUUUUCGUAAAAGAAUGAUAGGCACGCCAAUGUUCAGUGUUAAAAUGUGCGCCGCAAUGCCGGGCAAUUCAAGUGAAUUCAAGAAUUCUGUUUGAUAAUUGAAAACUUCGUCUUGAUUCAAUACAGUAUCGGUGGACUGAUACGUUGUCGUUUCACCUGGUAUUUCAUUUUCAAUGCUUAAGUUGAUGGUAUUAAAUCGUUGUUUUCGGCUGCUAAUACAGUACGUGCACUGAGCCACUGAUGAUUUUUGUAAUAUUGUACGAUAUUUGGAAAAAAAACUUGUUGAAUCAAUUCGUCGGAGGUUUCUGUCAUUUUACAGAAGCUUUUUGGCAAUGUAAAACAUUGUGUGGAUUCAUCGAUUGCCAUUUUCCCAUUCCUAAUGUCUAACAAUUGUUUUGCGAAACGUUCAGCGGAUGCAUCGUUGUGUAUUCUUACACCCAUAUCAGUCUUCAAAGUCAAUUUCUGUACAUGUCGCCAUGAAACUGAUGCUUUUAUACAUGUGUUUAAUUCAUUGGCAGCUGUUGGACAUGGUAUAACUGGUAGAGUUUGUCGAAAUACAUCGGACAAUACAAUAAGUGCGCCACCCAAGAGCUGUUCAUUUCCUCUGAAAAAAGAAAAAUAUGGGAGAAUAACAUCAAAGAGUGUACAGGACUAACACUGGUCGAUGAUGUGCGUAAUGCAGAAGACAUAGACGAAUGGAGGGGGAUAGUUCAUAUGACAUCUGUGGCGCCCCAACGGCCCAAGUACUGAGGGGCAUGAUGAUGAUGAUGAAUAUAUUAAAUAAAGUAAAAUUUAGGGGCGCCACCACAAAAAAGGAAUACUGAACAAUGGUGGUUCUAAUUCACGACCUACUUACUAUGUAACAUACCAUCUGAAAUAUCACUCUCUCUCUCUCUCUGUUUGAUUUAAUUCAUUCCCGCUACGCAAUAGCUCAGUUUGAAAAUAUAUUUAUGAAUUUCUUAUACGAAAAAAAUGAAAUUAGGGCAACUGGCCCAAACGAAAUAUUGUAAAAUGUUGCUCUAGUUUCAAUUUUUUUCCGGCAGAGUGCAUAUCCAUUCACCAAAGUUUUAUCGAAAGCGCUUCAGUGGUAUAGGAAUGCAUAUGUUAAUUAUAUAGAUAAUAUAAUCGUAGAAAACGAAUUUAUGCCCCCGGCCACAAACGGAAUAUUGUAGAAUAGUUAUAUUACUUCAGAAACCUACUUAUUAUGUCACAAAAAAUUUUAUUUCACUAUUAGUAUUUGAUUAAAAAUCAUUGUGUCCAUGCAUUAACUCUGUUUGAAAUUAUAGUUGUAUAGCUCAUUUAGGCAAAAAAGAACAUUGGGCCCUUGGCUAAAAACGGAAUAUUAUAAAAUGGUUGUAUUAAGUUUAAAACCUUUCCGGGCGUGCUCGCAACCUCUCAUCAAAGUUUUAUCGGCGUAGGAGCGCUUACGGAUAUUAUUUUUUUACAAAGAUCGCAUAAUUUAUUAAAAAAAAAAAAAUAAGGGUUAACGGCUGAAAAUGGAACAUUUUAUAAAGGUUAUAUAAUGCCUCAGUUGAAUGCCCGGUUAUGUGGACAACUCACCAAAGUUUAUGCGCAUAUACAAUACAUACAGACAUUCAUUUAUACAUAUAUAGAUGACUUGCAUGUCAGACGACCGUGGGUAAAUUGUUCUUCUGAUCAUGUUGAGUUCCAGCACAAAAAAUUAUCGACUGUAAUAGUUUAAAUAUAAAAUAAAUUGUUGCAUGAAUGGUUAUAUACAAUUUUAAUAGAUUUUGUUUACUAAAUAAUAUUUUUGUUUGUGAAAAUUACUUAGACACAGCAUAGUUUGUGAUUUGAAAAAAAAGCCUUUUUUGUUUGAAAGAAAUAGUUCUAUAAUAGCGAAGGGAGUUUUGUUUACAAAUGCAAAAGUAUUAUUGUGAUUACAUGUGAAUGUUAAAAUAUAUAUUUUCAAUCCAUUAAUUAGCUACAAAUCCUUUGGACUACACAUCAGGUAUUUAUCAACAUAUUUUUAUCACGAAAAUGUAUAACUGGCUAAAUUAUAUAUAAUAAAAAACACUUUAUUAAUCAUUUAUCCAUCCAUCUUUCUUUCUAUUAAUCCAUGCUUCUGUCCAUCAAUCCGAUGGUCUAUAUUGUAUCAGUCUUUUCCGUAUUCUAAAUGUCCGUUUGUCUGUCUGUCUAUCUGACUCCUGUAUCUAGCUGUCUACCCGUCUAUCUUUCUGUCUGUGUGUCUACCUGUUUGUCGAUCUUUUUUCUGUCCGUCAUUUCGAUGUUGUGUAUCUAUUUAUGUGUUUGUCUCUAUGUCUGUUUAUCGUAACUGAUACAUCUCUAUUUAUUUAUCUACCUUUCUAUCAAGUAUACAUUGUAUUCUAAUAUUUACCAAGUUAUUUGUUAAACCAUGAUCUAAAAUUCAUGUUCCCCAGUAUUGUUGUUGACAUUUACAUUGUUUACGAUUGUCAAUUUGCUUUCUUUGUGUUGCCAAUCGUUUGCAGGUUUACGAUAGCAUUAGUUCUAAAGUUGAACUUGAGUGAAAUUGCUUACAUUUCUUUUCCAUUCCCUUUCAGUCACAAAAGAUCACAAAAAAAUCAAGACAUUUUAGAGUUUCCUUUAGUGGUGUAGCCAUUUCUAAGCCAUUUUAUAUGGAAUACAUAUAAGCCAUUGCAGACUCUGGCUUGCACAGAUUAGACGAAAUUUUUCUAGACAUUUCACAAAGAGACUGACAGUGGACAGUGUGUGCUUGUUGUGUGUGUUCAUGCUGUUAAAUAUUUAACACAAUCCGUUCAGCUAUCCCUAUAUUGUAUAGAAAAAUAGUUAAUUAUUGAUAAAAAAUGGUAUCAUUCUUUGGUAUUUCCUUAAUAUUUGGCUUCAUUUCAGAUCCUGUUGCACACUGUUUAGUUAAUAAGACAUUUAUUUGUAAACGAAAAAAAAUAUUUAUAUCCAUAAACCGGUUCAUAACAAAAUCAUUUAGCUCUUUCAAAUCAUUAUAACAAACAGGAUGUAACAAUGGACUUGCCAGUGGGAUUGGUAUAGGAAUUGGUGUUACGAUAGCUGCUGAUGUCAUCAUUUGUAUUGCUGUAUGCAUUUGGCUCAAAAGACGAAAAAAACCUCUACCAAAACCACAUGAUACCACAGACCGUCAAAAUGAUCAUGUAGAUGCUAUACAAUCACGCAAUACAACGACCCGUCUUUAUGAUCAUGUAGAGCACAUACCGUCAUGUGAUGCAACAGACCGUCAUUAUGAUCAUGUAGAUCCCAUACAACCAAAUGAACAUCCAUAUAAUACAGUAGAUAAGAGUGGUAAGUUCAUUUUUUUUAAAAAUGUUAGCUAAGAAAUAGUUAAUGAAGUAUAAUGUUCAAAAUACUGUGCAGCCUGGGUUUAUCACAACCAUUUAAGUCCAUCAAAUCACGUUAACAAUAAAUUGUUUCCCAAUAAUCUGUAGGUGUAUUUCCAGCAAAUACAGUUAGGAUUUUUGAAAAGUAGGAACAUAAGAAAUCAAUAAAGUUAUUGAUUUAAAAAAUAAUGGAUACCUACCGUAUACACUCGCAUAUAAGCCGAAUUUAGAACUAUAAAAUACAAUACUGAAAUCAGGGGUUCGGCUUACAUGCGCUUAAAACAAAAUGGACACAAGGACAGACACUAAUGCCAAUUUUCCAGCCAUACAUUUUCAUCGCUAUCUGACUCUUUAAUUGGUUGAGUGUACAGAGUACUAAUAUAUAUAUACAGAGGUGUCACUUCAAAGAAUUUAAUGUAUUCAUAGCUGAUAAUUAUUGUGAGUAUGAAUAUUACCAUGGAUAAUUCAUUAUCAAAGUACAAAGUAAAAAAUGGCUUACAAUUAAGAAAAAAAUAAAUAAAAAACAGAAAAUGUUUCCUAUAUCUUUGGUUUCUUAACUAAUACUCUGUACGCAGAUGCAUAGAACCAAGUGAGAGAGACACGACCUCGUGGUUGUAUGCGCUCCAUUGGCGAGCCGUAACCAAGCUAGAGCCUGUAAGAACACUACAUGAAAUUAUAAACAGAAAUGUGAUAGUUUUUUUUGUGAAUAAAUAAAACGCAACAAAAGAAUUUUUCGCCUUUAUUUAUUUCAAAAUGUAUAUAUAUUUUUUCUAAAUAUAUACUUCUUUAAUCAUUAGUUGUGAACAACAUAUGAGCGGAAGUUCAGAUAUUAUUUAAGCGAACAUUGUAGAAAGAGCAGAACACGUUUUUGUGUCAUUCCAAAAGGUAAACAAACUGGUAUGUAACAUAAAAGUAACCAUUUUACAUCUUUACAGUAACACAUUUCUAUGAACCAAAAAUAUGGAGUAAAAUUAGACCAUUGUAUGGUCGGCUUAUAGGCUGGUUUUUGCAAAAUUUUUCCAUUUUAAAGCAGUUUUAGAGGGUCGGCUUAUAUGCGAUGUAGGCUUAUAGGCGAGUAUAUACGGUAAGUCUCCUGUAGUUAGUGAGCUAUUAUUUCAAGGAAUCUUAAAUUAAAAUUGUAUCAUUGUAGGAAAAGUGAUGAGGAAUGAAAUUUAAUAGAACAACAGCUAUUGUCUAUUUAUAAUUAAGAUUUAAUUCUUUUUUUUUUCCUUCCAGGAGAUGACUAUAAAAAUAUAAACAUGUUAAAGAUGUUAUAAUAAUAAACUCAC